UAUUACACAUCAGUAAUGUACGAGAUGAAUCAUUUUCUACCGGUCUGUACCAUCGGACUUUUGUAUGCAUGGCACCCUAGAAAACGUAAGAGCUGCCCAAAAGCGAAUGGUAAGCAGUAAUAGUAAGAUUCGACGCGUGCGAAUCAUUCACUUCAUGCAUGAAUCAUGUGGAAGCUCUUUUUGGGCAUUGUGUGGCAUGACCUCUGGCAACGGACACCCUACCCUGAAUUCGUAAUUACACAGUAAGCCCAUUGUGGUCUACUAGCAAUUCGAGAUUCGGAGAAGAGUUAAACUGAUCAGAGAGUGAGGUUUCUUUGAGAAAAUGUGCUGGGGUAUACUUCGGGACGAAUUUCGUCUGGUUCAGUUUCGUUUGCUGCAUCCAAACGCCGAGGAUUUCGCACAAUCUCCUUGGUUUGGUGUGUUAGUCGUACUGAUGUAUCGCUUCGCCGUUGCCGCCUUCUGUACCGGCUGGAUGAUUUCAAGCCUAAUUCGUAAAAAUUGGUUUCUUUGGCUGAGUAACUGGAGCUUCCUCGUUGUAACAGUGUACUUCAUUUGUGCCACCAUAGUAACGGCCUUCCACUACAAGAGAGAACGGAAGCCUGCAGGAAAGAUCGCAAGCGACCAGAUGAAAAAUGGCGAGGCAAAUUCGACGUCCAAAGCAAAAUGUGCUGCAGAUUCCGAUGGAAGCGUUAAUGAUAUUGUUGAAAUGCAUUUCACAUCGGACGCCUUUGAAGCAUCACGGGCUCUUCCAAUGGCUUGGUUUCACGAAGCACUGUGGGUGAUUUACAAUAUCGCCUCCGUGGCUGCUAUUAUGGUGACCUUAUCUUUCUGGUUGUUGUUAUUUAAUGCAGAUAAAGGGGUACGCGCUGUCACGGUUAUUCUCCACGGAGUCAACUCCAUUGUAAUGGUCGGCGAUACCAUGCUAAGUUCCAUACCCGUGCGUUUGUUUCAUGUUAUCUACCCAAUGCUCUACUGCAUAGUCUAUGUCAUGUUUACAGUGAUUUACUGGGCAGCUGGUGGGCACAACUAUAUUUACCCUCAGACGGACUACACAGGGAGACCAAUCCUCGCCGCUGUAUCACAGCUGUGCCUUUUCUUUAUUGGUCUUCCCUUGUUUCAAAGCGUCAUGUUUGGUUUCUAUAGACUGCGAGUUUGGAUCAAAACUAAAAACGGUAAAUAGUUCAGAUGUUACCGUAGAACAGUGACGUAUAGUUUUACCCUGUCACGUAUUAGGAAACUUAAGCUAUGUUAACGCCAGUAGUUCUUACAACUGCCAUGUUAGGAGCCCAAUUGAAGUAUAGCUUUACAGCAGUUGUAGACGAGAGUAUAAAUAGGGGCAAUAUGCUUUGAAGAGUUAAAGAUAUAGCAAUGUUUCUUCCAUAAAAGAGUAGACUAGUAAAAUUAUUCCGUAUGCACCAAAUCCUUCUUCGGAUUAGUUUGCUGUAUUUUUUGUUUUUUGGUAUUAAAAAAAUUGUAUUAUUUAACAAUUAGACCCGUGG